AUGAAUACUGGACCAAUAACCAACCCUUCUAUUCAUAUAAAACCAUCAAAAUCACUCUGUGAUUACAUAAACACGAUAAAAGUGUCUCCUGAUAUUCCAUUAGGUGUAGCUAACAUUCUGUAUAAAAACAAAGUGAAGCAAGAUGUAAAAAGUAAACCAGCAGAUUUCAAGUAUUUGUUAACCGGAGAAGACCGUCAGUUUAUCAAAUCGCUAAAACUCGAUUCUAAAAUUGACAUUACAAAGUUGCCUUUAUCUGAAGAAGCAAUAAUUUUGAAGAAUGAUAAACUCUUAAAUUUGCAAGACUUGCAUUGGUUGUACAAUUACAUUCAGAAAGAUAAUGAGGGUAAAACAGACAAGAAAUACCUUCAUGCACUUCUUGAAGGUUCAGAAAUUGUUUUACCCAAAAAUAGCGAAAUACCUCGCAAUGCUGAACUAGAAAAACGCUGUGAACGUUUGAGAGCCUCCCAACAGAACAAAGCUUACAACAACAUGACUAAAAAUGUUGACAACAUCCGGAGGAAACAUCCAGAAGACACAAUUUCAUACCAAAUGAAACAAAUGAAUCGCCACUUAAUUGCGAUUGGUCAGUUUAUUAUCUCAGUUCUUGCCGGUUUCGCUUUUGGUUUCAUUGGUUUGGAGUUGCUGUUAGGGAGUCUAGAUUUUGGAUUUAGGCUCCUUUUAGGCAUUAUUUGCGCUCUAACUAUUGCACUCGCCGAAUUGUACUUUUUAGCGAAGAAACUCAAUGAAGAUUUGAAGUUUGAAACUGUCACCGAAACGAAGAAAAAAGGGACUAAAUUGGAUUAGGGGACAUUAUUGUGAUACAAAAACUUGUUUUAUUAUGAUGGAAUAUAUAAUUGUCUAUUUGAAAUCUUUUGUUCAAUAAAUUUGGUUGUAAACUA